AUGAUGAUGGGCUCUAUAGUUGGAACUCAACUGAAGAUCACUAACUGCAUUUUUGCGUAUGAGGAAUUCAAGGCUAGAGAGGGAGAAAGCCUUGAUAAUGUGUAUAACCGUCUUGCCAGGCUGCUGAAUGAGCUUAUGAAGAACAGUAUCUCCGAAACUACUAUCGAGAUAAAUAAUGAACAAGAUGUUUUGGAGAUCYGUAAAUCUAAGAAGAAGGAAAAGGAUGUUUCUGAUCCCUUAGCUCUUAUAACUGAGAAAAAGGAAAAGAAGUAUAAAAGCAGAGCUGGAAAGAAGGUUGUUGAAGUUAGUUCGUCAAGCGAAUCUGAGCAAGAAGACAGUAACADCUCAGAAUCUGAUUCUGAAGUAAAGCAAGCUAUGGCAAUGCUGACCAAAGYUUUCARRAAGUAUAAGUUCAUCAAACGGCCACACUCGAAUAAUCAACGAUUCUCAUCCRRAUCAAAGUAUGACUACAAGGACAAGUUCGGAGAGAAGAAGAAAUACGAAGAGAAAAGAUUCGAGAAGAAGUACGAGCGAAAGCCAGAAGAAGGAAAGAAAUAUAGCAAAGCAGUAGCUGAUGAGCAUACAAAAUGUUUUAACUGUGGCAAGUUAGGUCAUUUUGCUAUUGAUUGUAAGAAGCCGGUAAACCGAGAUUCCAACUAUUACAUGAAUAAAUUUCUUCUGUCCAAGCAAAAAGAAGUUAGCAAAGCUCUGAUGGCCGAGGAUGAGCAUUGGUUAAAUCUUACUGAUGAAGAAGAAGAGGCUGAGGCUGUUGCACACAUGUGCUUGAUGGCUAACACUGAAAGUGCAUUAACUGGAGAAGAUUCUCAGAUGAAUCUAUGA